CAAGUGUGUCAAGCCUCUGCGUGGAGUGCUGCGGGCUGUGCCGGCUGCGCAGAGACCGUGCGCUCCUAGCGGCCGCGCCGUUUAAACCCGAAGGCAGAGAGCGAGAGAGGAGGAUGUUGAACUGUAGUAUGACUGUACAUUUACAGCGUUAUAUUCCUGGCUAAGCACAUGGGUCUUUGGGGAGCUGGUCCCCGUUGUGAGAAAACAACUUUCUGGGACUGCGUGAGGGUUGAAGGCUGGUUCACGUUCAGACAGUCAGCCGAGACAUUUGUUGAACUAUGGAGACAUCGGUGAAGAUUUGAGAGGUGCCAGAGACGCGUCUCAAGGAACCGAGGACCUGCGGAGAAGUGCAGAGCCUGUACGCUGUGUUUUCCAGCUGUGACUUAAAUUUAUUCUCUCGGAGACUCCGUGUGUUCAGCUUUAACGGUAGUUCGCGUUAGGGUAAAAAAAAAAAUAAAAAAUAGCUGAGACUUCGUCCGAACUCACGGAGCGGAUAAUACUGAAAGACGGAGAGUUUUGGAUUCAAUGUUUGCUGGAUAUUUACACCCCGAGCAGCUCCGGGUGAACUCGUACUGUUAAAUGGAUCGUCUCUGUUUUUGGACAUUGAAACUGGCUUUUGUCAGUGAGUAGGAUCCGUCCACAACUCCCGGACGCACGGAAUAGACUUGACUGUCAUUUAGGACAUAACAUUUUUUCUGCAGUGAAUUCGAGGAUUUGCGCGCCCGCCGUGGAUGUUUAAUAUGCUAGAAUGGGUCCACUAGCGUUCAUCCUUGUUAGUGGAUUAUUGUUUUUUCAAGUUGAUGGAUCCCGUCUGCGCCAGGAGGACUCCCCACCCCGGAUUGUGGAGCACCCCUCUGACCUGAUUGUAUCCAAAGGGGAGCCUGCCACUCUCAACUGCAAAGCGGAGGGCCGGCCUACCCCGACAGUGGAGUGGUACAAGGACGGCGAGCGGGUGGAAACCGACAAAGAUGACCCACGCUCUCACCGCAUGCUGCUGCCCAGCGGCUCGCUCUUCUUCCUUCGCAUCGUACACGGGCGGCGGAGCAAACCGGACGAGGGAGCCUACGUCUGCGUGGCCCGGAAUUACCUGGGAGAGGCCGUCAGCCGCAAUGCAUCCUUGGAAGUAGCAUUGCUGCGAGAUGACUUCAGACAAAACCCUACGGACGUGGUGGUGGCAGCCGGAGAGCCAGCAAUCCUUGAGUGUGUCCCUCCCCGUGGCCAUCCUGAACCCACCAUCUACUGGAAGAAAGACAAAGUGCGAAUUGACGACAAGGAUGACAGGAUAACUAUUCGAGGUGGGAAGCUUAUGAUCUCCAACACAAAAAAGAGCGACGCUGGCAUGUACAUCUGCGUUGGCACCAACAUGGUCGGAGAAAGGGACAGCGAGACGGCGCAGGUCACGGUGUUUGAGCGACCAACCUUCCUCCGGAGGCCCAUCAACCAGGUGGUCUUGGAAGAGGAGACGGUGGAGUUCCGCUGCCAGGUACAAGGAGACCCUCAACCCAAUGUACGCUGGAGGAAAGAUGACAUUGAUGUUCCUCGUGGGAGGUAUGAGAUCAAGUAUGACAAGGACGACUAUGUGCUGAGGGUGAAGAAGGCUUCCGUUAACGACGAGGGCACGUUCACCUGUAUGGCAGAAAACCGCGUGGGCAAACUGGAGGCCUCCGCCACUCUCACAGUCAGAGCUCGCCCCGUCGCUGCACCCCAGUUCGUCAUCCGUCCAAGGGACCAAAUUGUGUCACAAGGCCGAACUGCCACCUUCCCGUGUGAAACCAAAGGAAAUCCACAGCCUGCUGUCUUCUGGCAAAAGGAAGGAAGUCAGAAUCUACUCUUUCCCAACCAACCCCAGCAGCCCAACAGUCGCUUUUCGGUGUCGCCCAGCGGAGAUCUGACCAUCUCAUCUGUGCAGCGGGCAGAUGCUGGCUACUAUAUUUGCCAGGCCCUGACCGUUGCAGGCAGCAUCCUCGCCAAGGCUCAACUGGAGGUCACAGAUGUGCUCACGGACAGACCCCCGCCCAUUAUACGCCAAGGCCCAUCCAAUCAAACUCUCGGGGUGGACAGUGUGGCACUCUUGAAGUGUCAGGCGUCCGGAGACCCUAUCCCCUCUAUCAGCUGGCUGAAGGAUGGGGUCAGUCUGCUAGGGAAGGACCCCCGCAUGUCCCUGCAGGAGGUGGGCAGCCUGCAGAUCAAAAACAUCAAGCUUUCAGACUCUGGGAUCUAUACAUGUGUGGCUACCAGCUCCAGUGGUGAAACAUCAUGGAGUGCUUUCUUGGAAGUCAAAGAAGCAGGUGGAGUGUUGGUUGUGAAGACCCAUGAUGAGAAUGAGCUUCCCGGCCCGCCGUCUAAACCUCAAGUCACCGAUGUCACCAAGAACAGCGUGUCCUUGUCCUGGCAGCCUGGGAUGGUUGGAGCGUCCCCCGUCUCCUCCUUCGUCAUUGAAGCAUUCAGUCAAUCAGUGAGCAACAGUUGGCAGACAGUGGCAGACCACGUCAAAACCACCCAGUUUACCGUCAAAGGUCUCCGUCCAAACACCAUCUACCUGUUCAUGGUGCGGGCAGUCAACAACCAGGGCCUGAGUGAUCCAAGCCCCAUGUCUGAUCCUGUCAGGACUCAAGAUAUAAGCCCUCCAGCUCAGGGUGUCGACCACAGGCACGUACAGAAGGAGCUCGGAGAGGUCAUUGUUCGGUUGCACAACCCAGUUGUCCUGAGUCCCACAACCAUUCAGGUCACAUGGACGGUGGAUCGUCAGUCCCAGUUCAUCCAGGGUUACAGAGUUCUGUACAGGCAGACGUCAGGACUGCCUUCACCGGGACCAUGGCAGACCCAGGAUGUCAAGGUCCCGUCUGAGCGGAGUGUCAUGCUCUCUGCACUCAAGAAGGGAAUUGUUUAUGAGAUCAAGGUUCGACCUUACUUCAAUGAGUUCCAGGGCAUGGACAGUGAAUCCAGGACGGCACGGACCACUGAAGAAGCUCCCAGUGCGCCUCCUCAGCAGGUAACAGUCCUGACUGUGGGAAGCCAGAAUAGCACUUCUAUUAGCAUCUCCUGGGACCCCCCUCCACCGGACCACCAGAACGGCAUCAUCCAAGAGUACAAGAUCUGGUGUCUCGGGAAUGAGACGCGUUUCCACGUCAACAAGACGGUGGAUGCAGCCAUACGCUCAGUGGUGGUGGGUGGGCUGCAGGUGGGAGUGGUGUACCACGUGGAAGUGGCGGCCAGCACGAGUGCAGGGGUUGGAGUCAAGAGCGAACCUCAGUCUAUCAUCAUCGGUAAGGAGUUCCGGGAUGUGAUUAUACACGGGAACCGAAACAACAGCAUCACGGAGCAGAUCACUGAUGUGGUGAAACAGCCUGCUUUUAUUGCCGGCAUCGGAGGGGCCUGCUGGGUCAUCCUCAUGGGCUUCAGCAUCUGGCUCUACUGGAGAAGAAAGAAGAGAAAGGGACUCAGCAACUAUGCAGUUCAGUCCUUCACCUUCACCCCUGCAGUGACAUUCCAGAGAGUUGAUGGCGGCCUGAUGAGCAAUGGAAGCCGGCCAGGCCUGCUGAAUGCCAGUGACCCAGGCUACCCCUGGUUAGCGGACUCUUGGCCAGCGACCAGCCUGCCUGUCAACAGCAGCUCCGGGGGACCCAAUGACCUGAGUAACUUUGGCCGUGGAGACCUGCCCUCUGGACAAGGAGACAAGACAGGCACCAUGCUCUCCGAUGGAGCCAUCUACAGCAGCAUAGACUUCACCACCAAAACCAACUACAACAGCCCCGGCCAAACGUCCCAGGCCACUCCCUAUGCCACCACCCAGAUCCUCCACUCCAGCAGCAUCCACGAGCUGGCUGUGGACCUGCCAGAGGCCCAGUGGAAGGCAUCUCUCCAGGCCAAGCAGGAGAUGGCCAACCUGGGCUACUCCCUGCCCGACAAGAACUCCUGCAACAACACCCUCCUUUUCAUUCCUGACUACCGAUUGGCCGAAGGAUUGUCUAAUAGAAUCCCACACAACCAAUCACAAGAUUUCAGCACCACCAGCUCUCACAACAGCUCAGAGCGAAGCGGCAGUCUCUCAGGUGGAAAGGGAGGAAAGAAGAAGAAAACUAAGGCUGGCUCCAAACCUACUAAAGCCAAUGGGUCCAACUGGGCCAACGUUCCCCUGCCCCCUCCCCCUAUUCACCCUCUCCCUGGUACUGAGAUGGACCAUUAUCCCAAUGAGCACCAUGAAGGAGGAGGGUACGAGAGCGACGGCUGGGGCCCACCCAUGCCUGUGCAGACAUAUCUUCACCAGGGCAUGGAGGAUGAGCUGGAGGAGGAAGAGGAGAGGGUUCCCACCCCGCCCAUCCGAGGGGUCGCCUCCUCCCCGGCUGCAGUGUCCUUCGGGCAGCAGUCCACAGCCACCCUUACCCCGUCUCCGCGGGACGAGAUGCAGCCCAUGCUCCAGGCACAUUUGGAUGAGCUGACCAGAGCGUACCAAAUGGACAUGGCAAAACAGACAUGGCACAUGCAGGGAGGCUCUCUUCCUCCCCAGGCUCCAGCUCCUCCAGUGGGCUACGUGUCGAGCACAAUGGUUUCCGACCUGGAGACUGACCUGCCUGACGAGGAGGAAGAGGAAGAGGACGAGGAGGAGGAUGAGGGCUAUGGAGCCAGGCAUCCCCGCGGUAUGGAGCACACACCGGGGUCGAGCAUGGACAACCUGGACAGCUCUUUAACAGGGUCCAUGGUGAAUGGUUGGGGCUCAGCCUCAGAAGAUGACCGUAAUUUCUCCAGCCAUAGGUCCAGUCUGGGCAGCUCGUCAGACGGCUCCAUCUUUACCCACUGCAGCUUUGCCCAGGCCCUGGUGGCCGCUGCAGACAAGGCAGGCUACCGCCUUGAGGGCACGAGCCUCAGCAAGAGAGGUAAAGGCUUGUCCCACAGGCCCCGGCCCAGCAGUCCAUUUUCAACAGAUGGCAGCACAGUCGGCACACACAGCUUGGGCCACCAGAGGGCCACCAGGCCCACACGUAAACCCCGAAGUCAGGGCACAACACCCCACCGGAGAGAUGCUGGUGCAGACGACCUACCUCCUCCCCCUGAGCCUCCUCCCUGUCAGGGGCAGGGCCGCAUCCAGGGGGCCCGCAGCAUAAGCAGCAUGGUUCCACCCGCCGACAGGAAGGCCUCCUCUCUGGAGCGUCCGCCUUUGUCAGGGCCCCUGUGUGGGCCGGAGAGUCCCAUCGACAGACAGGCGCGUACUUCCCUGGAACAUCAUCGCCAGGCUCAAGAAAGGCUGGGCUCCAUGGAGCGAGCUGACGAUGGGCGCAGGGGUCACAAAACAGAGGACGGGUGCCUGCCGUACAGUAAACCAUCGUUCCCCUCCCCAGGAGGCCACAGCUCCUCCGGCACAGCCUCCUCCAAGGGCUCGACGGGCCCACGCAAGACCGAGGGUCCACGGCAGCCGCAGCAGUGGACCGCCAUAGAGCAUGCUGAUUUCCUGGGGACCAACGGACAAGGACAGUACUCGGGAGAGUUAUAGUGAUCUGCCGGGAGCGUGAACUAGAGAAAAGCUGGUCUCUCCCUGGAAGAAUGACGCCCUCCUUUUUGGGGCAAUGAACUUUGUCCUCACCUGUGGGUUCUCGGAGGGAAGGAAGGAGAGAGCCACAGAGAAAAGCAGUGUCACAGAACUGUAAAUGUGAUGUAUAGACACAGACAUACUGUACAUCUCACUAUGUUUUUGUCCUCAAGAAAAUAUUUUCCACCUCCUACCUUACUGUAAUUUUCUUUUUGUUAGAAAAAGGCAAGUAAAAAAAAAAACAAGAAAACAUCUAUAUGAGAACAAAUUUUGUGGUAACUGCCCUUUUGGAAAAAGGGAAUUUUAUUUCCUGUAAAUAUAUUCUUUAACUUGUUGUUGCAUUGCUAUGCAAGCCUAAUUGAGUUUGAGCUUUUUAUUUCCAUAUACAGGAACAGUUGGGUUUUAUCUGGUUAUUUGUAUUAUAUGUGAAUUGAGUGGCUUUUGUGCCAUAAAAUAAUUGUUUUAUAAUCCAUCGUUUGUUGAUACUUACCAUUAAUUAUUAUCAUUAUUAUUAUUAUUAAUUAUUAUUGUUUUUGCACUGCAAUUUUUGGUGAUAAGCACAAAAACAUAGCUCCUGCUGACAUGAAGAACCGUAAGAAUAUGUGAAGAGGAGUUUCUGUACUGUAAAGUAGAGAGAAGAAAAUUAUAUACUAAUGUACAGAGAGAUAUUAAAGAGUAAUGCAUUGCUCGCGGACAGCAACAAAUAAAGGCACCCAUUUCCAUAAGACAAAGUGGGUGGCAGACACACAAGGUUUCCUGAAGGUCUGAGGGGCAGAUGUGAGGCUGGAGGAACUAGAAAACAAGCUGUAUCACUGUAGGCGACUGUGGUACAGCAUCAGUUUGAAGAUCACAAACACAUAGUCCUCGGUGUCUUGGGAAAUUCCAGACACUGUCUUCAGAAACAGACUGUAGGUGUGCUUUUAUUUUAUUUACUUUACUUUGUUUUUAUACCAGGGUCUCAAGAUUUCAAGAUUUUUUUUUUUAUGAUUUACUGCCUAAAUCAUUAGACUACACUAAGUUAACGCUCCUAUUUGAACAUAACUGCACACUUACUAUAGAACAGUGAAAAAGGAAAGAGGGGUCUGAAGUCUGUCUGCAUGCUGCAGUCCAGCCAUAGCACUUAAAGAGGCAGAUAUAGGAUUCUUCCAGGGCCUUAAUAGGUGGAAAACACAAACAUUUAUUGUGAUUAAUGAUACUCCUAAAGAAAUCUAGCUAAAAUAUCACAGGAGCAGCAUGAUUUGUUUACAUGUUUUUUUUAUUUUUAAGUUUGUCUUUUAGUUCCAGCCAUCUUUCUUUAAACUUUCUUUUCUUUUUAGAGCACUUAACUGUUUUAUGUUUGCUAUAUUAUCUGUGGUGUAUCAUCAUCAAGAAAACAAUAACAACCUGUUGGGUGAAGCUAUCUGUUAAAGGAGUCGUUAGCUCUAAAGGUUGGUUGGUGCCUCACUUGCUAAUUCAUUAAGAUCAGCACGGCCGCGUGUCAGUAACUCUGAGAAAACAAACAAACAAACAAAAAAAAAGGAGUGUGGACGAUUUAUAAAUGUAGCUUUGAGGCUCAGCGAUGACAGAGGAACGCUUUGUGUAUUAACCGGAAAGUCCCGCUGCCUCCACGUCUACAGCCGCGGCGUGGAGCGGAUCUCUUUCAUUCCAUCCGCCUGACUGCCACAAAACACACACACACUCAUCAUCCGCCGCUUUCCACUUCUCAGCCUCUGAUUCUCAAUGUUUUCAUUGGUUGUCCUUUUUUUAAACGAGGAGCUUGUUUCUUUGUAUGCCUUUUAAUGGACUCCAAAAAACGCUGCUUACAACAAUGUUUUCAAUAUUAAUGUUCAGGAUUUUUGUGGUUAUAUGACUGUUGGUUUGCUUUUUUUUGUACUGCUAAUGUUGAUAAAGGGUGGGUUGGGAAACUAAAGGCCAUCAGAUGCUGUUGUACUGUUGUCGUCACGCCAUCGUCAUUUUCUUUCUUUCUUUUUUUUUUUUUUUUACCAUCCACCCAGUGGCCAGUGUUCUGGAAAUGAGGUGCAAAGAGUAUCUCAGGUUAUUUUACAUUCUGGUGGUGUUUAUGUAUGUGUAUAUAUGUGUAUAUAUCCAUACGCAUCUCCACUUGAUUAUGCCAUUCCAUUUUCAUUGACAAGAUUAUCCCUCUCAUGUCUGAUUCUGUGCCCCCUCUCCCCUAUUUUUAUUUCUUUUUUUUCUUUUCUGCUGUGGGUUUUGACUCUGAGUAUAAUGUGCUGGUUCAUCCACCUUAAGACAAGAUGUCAGUAAAAGAACAUACCAAAUUAAGAUUGAUAUUUCUAAUGUCUAAUGCGUUUUAGUGUCUCUUUAAUACUCAUUGUUUUCUUUUAAAUCACGGUGUCGUUUUGUAUUUAUUAAAAUGAUAAUAAAAGUAUAUUGUGAAAUAUGCAUACAGAUUCGUGAGAUAUAAAAUGUGUUUUGUUUUGUUUUUUCUUUUUCUUUUUCGUUCCUUGUAAAGUUUGGUGUCGGAGCCGAGCAGCGAGGCCAUAAGGAGAUGAUAGGCACACUGUGCUCACAGCAUGGUGACGUGCCGGGUCAGUAGUCGUCUGAGUCACUCUUCGUCUUGCAUGUUCACUGCACUGCUCUUCUCAUGUCGAAACUAAAGAAAAACCUUUUCAACACAAUGAGUGAAAAUGCUCACAAUAUGCUCGUCGGGGCAAUAGGGGGGGAAAAAAAGGUCUUUUUGGAAGGAUGAAAGUGCUUUCCCUCUCUUUUUUUUGUUAACUCUCAAUAUUGUUGGUUCUUUGUAGCCUAUGUGUGUUGCCUUUUUGCUAUAAAAGGAUUAAAAAUAACAAAAAGAGACAGUUGUUGGGUGAAAUCUUUCUGUACAGUACGGGGUGGGGUUACACCCCGAUCCAAUGCCAUUUCUACAGUACCGUACAUUCUCCUUUUCUUUUCCUGUAAGCCACCACCUGUACUCACUUGCAUGUCCUUGUCCAAGAAGAGAGUGGAUCAAGAAAAUAAACUUUUACAGCCUCAUUCCCAUGUCCUGUAAGAUAAAUCCAUGUUCUUUUAUUUCCUUGUACCUGGAUCAAUAUCAAAUAAAAUAUUUUUGAAAAAUG